GCCUUGAUACCGUUCCUAUCAGCCCCAAAUCCGGGAGGACAGCCGUAGAAAAUGUGCGCCUUUAAUGAGAUUGACAUAAAGACAAGGCAGUGGGUGAAAACAGACAGAGCGACUGGAGGAAUGAAGGCUUGGAGGACAGAUUUGUGGGUUAUCCAUCUUGAUGCUGCUGGACACAACAGAGGCUACCUCAGAGCUGGGCUGGACCACCUAUCCAGACACGGGGUGGGAUGAGGUCAGCGUCCUGAAUGACCAAGGGAAGCUUAUACGGGCCUUCGAUGUCUGUAAUGUCAAUCAGAAUCCCCGUCAGCAGGAUAAUUGGUUGGCGACGCCCUUCCUGUAUCGCCAGUCGGCUCCACGAAUGUUUGUAACUUUACGAUUCUCAGUGCGUGACUGCGCCAGCCUGCGCACACCGUUACCCACAUGCAGAGAAACACUCACCUUGUACUACAAACAGGCCGACUCCCAAGCAGAGCUGAUGAGGACCUGGGUGGCUGAGCCAUCUAGUGGAGAUAAAGAGACGAGAGAGGGCUGGGUGAAGAUCGACACCAUCGCGGCCGAUAAAAGUUUCUCCAAAGUUGAGCCCAGUUCACCUCACCAGUACCAACCAAACCGAUACAGCCGCAUCAACGUUAAGACCCGCAGCUUUGCCCCACUCACACGUAACGGGUUUGUCUUGGCCAUCGUUGACAGCGGAGCUUGUGUGUCCCUCAUGGGUGUAUCCAUCUUCUACCGGCGCUGUCCGGCCACUAGCCUCCACUUGGCAUCCUACCCUGCUACUCCUUCAGGUGCGGAACCGACCGCUCUGGUGCCCGUGACGGGGACUUGCGUCCCCCAGAGCAAAGCACAGGGGGGCACACUCCCUCGCAUGCACUGCAAUGCUGAGGGCGAGUGGAUGGUCCCUGUCGGAGGAUGCAUCUGUGACGAAGGACACGAGCCGAACAUCAAUGGAUCUGCCUGCUUGUCCUGUCCUGUAGGAUACUUCAAGUCAGUGUCCGGCUCUGUUCCCUGCUCCGUGUGUCCCCCCAACAGCAGAACCAGCCAGGAGGGCUCCAGUGUGUGUGAAUGUCGCAGCAGCUUUUAUCGAGCGGCCGGUGAUGCCAACUCCUCUGCCUGCACAACUCCUCCGUCUGCUCCCGUGUCUCUGACCUGGGAGUACGAAAGUGGCGAGGGCGGGGUGUCCCUGAGGUGGCGUCCUCCGGUGGACAUGGGGGGUCGAGCUGAAGUCUGGUACGGGGUGGUGUGUCGCAUCUGCCCCUCGCCCACCUUCAGCAACCCGGCGGCGUGCUCCUGGUGUGGAGAGGGGGUCACUUUCAGCCCCUCAAAAACCAACCUCAGACAAACCAAAGUGACCCUCAACAACCUGCUGACCCGGGUCACUUAUCUCAUACAGGUGCAAGCCAUGAACGAGGUGUCGGCUCUGAGUCCUUUUCCAGCUCGAUACACCAGCAUCAAUUUCACCACCAGCCAGUCAGUCCCCAGUACUGUUCCUGUGAUGCACCAGCUGAGCCGAGCCCCAGACUCCAUCACGCUCUCGUGGCCCCAGCCGGACCGACCCAACGGAGACAUCCUGGAGUACCAGCUCAGAUACUACGACAAGGGUUCAGAUGUGGACAGCGCCUUCAGUGUGUACAGUGAGACCAACACAGUGACCGUCAACUCUCUGAUCCCUGGCUCCAUUUAUGCCUUCCAGAUCCGGGCCCGGAACGAGCGAGGAUACGGGCCCUACAGCAACACCAUCUACUUCACCACACUGCCUUUAGAGGAACACUCGCAGCAGAUCCAGAACCGACUUCCUCUGCUCAUCGGCUCGGUGAUGGGCGGCGCAGCGUUUCUCCUCGUGGUGGCAGCCAUCGUGGUCGUGGUUGUGUUCCGCAGCAAGAGGAGAGAAAGUCCUUACAGUGACAGACUUCAGAGAUACAUUAGUAACCGAGGAGGAGUGAAGUAUUACGUGGACCCUUCUACGUACGAAGACCCCAGCGAGGCGGUGAAAGAAUUCGCCCGUGAGAUCGAUCCUUCCCACCUGAAGAUUGAGGAGGUGAUCGGAGCAGCUCAGUUCGGCGAGGUGUCCCGCGGUCGUUACCGCCCGGCGGGCCGGAGGGAGGUACUGGUGGCGGUGAAGACUCUGCGCUGGGGGGCGUCUGACAGGGAGAGGGGGAUGUUCCUCAGUGAAGCGGGGGUCUUGGGGCAGUUCGAUCAUCCCAAUGUGCUGAAGCUGGAGGGUGUCGUGACCCGAUCGCCCCCAGAGAGGAUCAUCACUGAGUUCAUGGAGAACGGACCCCUCGAUGGCUUCCUCAGGGAGAACGAAGGUCAGUUCAGCAUCCUCCAGCUUGUUGGGAUGCUGAGGGGAGUCGGAGCAGGUAUGCGUUACCUCGCUGAGAGGAACUUUGUCCACAGAGACCUGGCUGCCAGAAACGUGUUGGUCAACUCCAACCUGGUCUGCAAAGUGUCUGACUUUGGCCUCUCCAGACUCAUGAGGGGACUGGACCAGAACAUACCAACAUACACAGCCUCUCUGGGCAGUAAGAUUCCUGUGAGGUGGACCGCACCGGAAGCUUUUCAACAUCGCAAGUUCAGCUCAGCGAGUGACGUUUGGAGCUUCGGUGUCUUAAUGUGGGAGGUGAUGUCCUACGGAGAGCGCCCCUACUGGGACAUGAGCAACCAGGAGGUGAUGAAGGCGGUGGCGGAUCAGUACCGGCUCCCGCCCCCCCACAGCUGCCCCCCCGCACUUCACUCCCUGAUGCUUCAGUGCUGGCAGGCGGAACGGGCGGACCGGCCGGGCUUCGACUCCGUCCUGUCCUCUCUGGACCGGCUCAUCAGGCACCCCGCCUCCCUGAAGGCCGAGCCAACUCGAAGCUGCUCGCAGCCACUUCUCAGUCCGACCCCCACGGACCUGUCGUCUGUGGCGACAGUCGGCGAUUGGCUGAAAGCUCUGAAGAUGGAGCGGUAUCAGGACGAGUUUGAGCGAGCGGACCUGGACUCGUUAGACCGAGUCAGCAGACUCACCAUGGAGGAUGUGCAGAACCUCGGGGUGAACCUGCUGGGACAUCAGCGGAAGAUCGUCAGUGCGGCCCAGCAGCUCAGGGCCUUCCUGACACAGGGCCAGGUGGAGGUCUGAAUCUGCCCCGUGGGUUUCUGUGGUUCCUCUGGUUCUGCAACGUUUCAUAAGUUCUGACGGAGCACAUUUUAGACCAAACCAGCCAACAGCGACACUGUGUACUGUAAAUUCUGACAAACUGAACCCACUACCAGAAGGGGCGGGGGAAAGUGGUCUCCCAACCAGUCACAUGAGACAAAUACCAGAAGAUAGGUGCACCAUGGGAGGUCAAACUAAAGUUCUGAGGACUUUCAAAGAUGUUUUGUGAUUUUUUUUUCACUUAAUUUCACUUUCUUGUCAUUUGCCUUCCUGUCUCCACAUCGAUCUGCAUCGAUUCUUCCUCCCUGAAACCUUCAGAUUCUCUCAUACCAGCUGACUUUAAUAAAAAGUUAUUUUGUUCAAAUAAAAAAAUUCAAGGUUGGAGAUCUUUCCUCGCAAAGAAUUGCGUGAAGACAAUCAGAGCCCUAUUUGUUAGUUUUACCACUUCCUCUUUUUAAAAACUGCCAAAUUUCUUUGCCACACCUGGUGAUCAAAUCAAAUGAAGUCUUGUAUAGUUUUUUUAAAUUAUUUUUUAAGUUUUAAGUUUUGAGUGAACUUGUUUUAAAGUCCAAAACAAGGAAGCUCAGUCAAAAAAGAUGCCUCUGUAGAAACUCUAAGCCAUGUAUGACGGCAUAUCCAGGGUUUGAAAACAGCUGUUUCUUCUUUUUUUUUCUUGCUGUUUUCAGCUCUAAAGCUGUAAAAUUUCACCUCAGCUGCAAACAUUCGUCUGCAACUAAAUCAGAAGCACGGCACCAUUAUGUGUACAUUUCACACUUCACCUCUUUUUGUUUGCUUGCCUGAGUCACUGAAGCGCUGCGAAUCGGUGAAAUGGGAAGGACGGAUAAAAUCUGAUCUGAUUUACACUUGAAGGGAGCAAAAACGCUGCUGAGGUGCCCGUUGGUAGCAUCUGUGCACUGUGUGUGUGUGCGUAAGAAUAUGUGUGUGGGUGGGUGUGUGAGUGUGUGUCUAAGAUGAGUGUGUCAGGCUACACACACUUCUACCUGUUUACUUGUAUGAGUGUUCACAACUAUUCUGUAAUUGUGCAAAUUUCUUAAAUAAAUAUGAAUUUAUUAAAAAAAAA